AUGUAUGAAGCUUAUACUCCAAAUGAAGUUGCUGUGAAACUGCCACUGGAAAUCACAUCUCUCACAUGUCAAAAUCGCCGUGGAUUUGAUCUCGAUACUUUGUGCAAGCAGUUUGAAAGAAAAGCUGUGUUGGAUUUAUCCAUCUGUGAGGAACAGGAUCUUGUUUUCUGCGUUUCUGACGGUCAAAUGGCCGCACAUUAUCUAAACUUGCAAGCCGCUUUUCGUUAUAAAGCACGAGAGAUGGCACAGCGCAUCAAAGCCAAAGUAAACACCAUGAUGGAUGGAUUCCGGCAGGGGCAAAAGGAUGGCGAUGAUAUGCACAUAUUUGUUUCCUCUAAAAAGAGGCUCUAUUUGUUCAAAUGGUUCGAGAAGGAUUUUCAAGAUGUCCGCUUCGAAUGUAAUCAGUCGUUUGCAGACAAACCGAAUACCAUGAGGCGCGUUAUCUACCAUGUUGGAGGACUCCCUCAGGAAGGCGAAGGGUCUUGGACGGGCGAUUGUCGUCGUCUCUUCGAUGUUAGUGAUAAUCCAUCGAUAAUCGUGAUGAGGGAUCGCGAUCUUCUAGGAUUCUCACAUGGCGACACACUCAUUCUGACCAAUUUGGAGGGGCAAAAGACUCCAUUAGCCGAUGUGCGCUUCAGCGACGUUCCCUGUGAUAUCGUAUACGAUGCACCGUAUGUCGUUGGAUUAUUGCCAAAAGGACGAGUAGAAGUACGAUCGUUGAAUCCUCCUCAUCUUAUUCAGAGUAUGGCACUGAGCAAAGCCUCUCUUCUAUGCGUUGGAAAUCCUGGCUACGUGUUUAUCAGCAGCCCAUUUGAUGUCUGGAUGCUAGAUGCUCAUGUGAACAUCCGCAAGAAU